UUUACGUCCAGUUCAGUGAAUUUUUGUAUAGCGGUGGUAUUCAGUUAGUCUCAUUUUGUAUUUUGGAAAUUCUAAAUGUUAUGUUAUGAUUAACCCACUUGCUCCUACUGUGUCGUAUACGAUACAGUAACUAAAUAAAAAAAAUAAAAAAAUAUGAGGGUAUUUACAAAAAAACUUGACUUAGCGAUUUGCUUACCAGACCAUUGUUAGUCAUUACAAGGUAAUAAACGUGGCCUGCAGUUUAUUUCUUUUGUGUAAUAUAUUAUUCAAAUUAGUGAUUUUAGAAAUGAAUAAAACAAGGAAGUAUAAAAAACCGCUGACUUUGAACGAUAUUAUAGUAGAAUUGGAGCAAAACGAUGAGAAGGAAGUUCCUGAUUCCAUCAUCAUCAUGCCACCUGAAAAUUGCAAUGCUGAAGUUACUGACGAAGAUUCUGGCGAUGAAGAUGUAGUUUUACUUCAAAAUCUUCCCGGGUGGCAACUCCGAGCACCUGCUGUAGUGGUUAUAUGGUGGUACCAAGGAGAAGCAUGUAUUGGGAAAACACUUCAGAUUGUGGCGUACCUAUUGUGUUUUCUGCAAUGUCCAGAGACAGGUUCAAUUUUAUAAUGGCAAACAUUCACUGCUGCGAUAAUACUCAAUUGGACUUGAAUGAUAAGUUUUCAAAAUUGAGACCGCUUUUCGAUCUGCUGAAUGCCAAUUUUUUGAAGUUUGAACCGUUUCAAGAAUGUCACAGCAUUGACGAAGUCAUGGUACCAUAUUACGGCGGGCACCCAUGUAAACAAUUCAUUCGAGGCAAACCCAUUCGAUGGGGUUACAAAUUUUGGGUAGGAGCAACGCGUCUCGGUUACGUUAUCUGGUUCCAGGCAUAUCAGGGACAGAAAGGAAAUGUUGAAAAUAAAUAUAAAAGUUUAGGGUUGGGUGCUAGUGUGGUAUUGCAGUAUGCGGACGAGCUGAAGAAAAUUGACUCAGAAGUUCCUUUUCAUCUUUUUUUUGACAAUUUCUUUACGUCCAUACCACUUCUUGAUGAUGUCCUUUGCCCCCAAACAAGGUGUUGCAAAAAACUGAGCGUGGUACAUAUAAAUAUAAAUCCACAAGAGCUGAAAACAUUGUAGUGUGCAAAUGGAAUGAUAACAGUGUUGUCACUGUAGCCUCAAAUGCGGUAAAAGUAUUGCCUGUCAAUAAAGUGAAACGCUUUUCUCAGCAACAAAAAAAGUACAUAUCAGUAGACCAACCAGCUCUAAUAAAGGCUUAUAAUGAAAAUAUGGGCGGUGUUGACCGUUCAGAUCAGAACAUCGGGCUGUACAGAACUAGUAUUCGUGGAAAAAAAUGGUACUUUUCGCUUAUCAGUCACUGUCUGGACAUGGCUACACAUAACGCUUGGCAGUUAUACAAGCAAAAUGGAGGAGUGUUGGAUCAUUUGAAAUUUCGAAGGAAUAUUACUGUAAGUCUCCUUGAGAUAAACAAAAAACCUGACAGCCAUAGGGGUGGGCGACCAUCACAAAGUAUUGCUGGGGUAUUACAAUAUAACCACAAUGGUCAUUUAGUGAAAUACAGGGAGGAGCGGCUGCGGUGUGGCUUCUGCCACAAGAGUGCCAAUUUUUUUUGUAUGAAAUGUAACGUAACAUUACAUCCAAAAAAUUGUUUUGAAGGUUAUCACACCCCUAAUAAGUAAUA